UUUUUUUCGAACAUGUCAACAACAAAUGAGCACGGCCAACCGGUGGGCCCACCCCUACCUACUUUUAAGCCAGCCUCGGUUCCAUCAGCCUCGAGGGUGCUGCAUGGAGCUGCAACAAAAUGCACAUUAGAACCGUUGGAUCCCACUCGCCAUGCGGAUUCGCUCAGCAAGAACCUUUGGCAAGGCACAAAGGACGACCAAUGGACAUAUAUGCCUUAUUCACGACCAUCGAACCGCGCUGAAUUCGAUACCUGGUUGCAGGAUCGCAGUGCGAGCGGGCCAGAUCCAUUCUUUUACGCAGUCAUCGACUCGCAGGGCGAAGCACAAGGGAUCAUCUCCUACCUUAACAUUGUGGCAGGCAAUGGCACCAUUGAAGUGGGGCACGUCCUCUUCGGUUCAAGCUUGCAGCGCAGCAAGACUGCCACAGAGUUACAAUACCUCCUCGCCAAGCACGCCUUUGAGGAUCUGUGCUAUCGGCGCCUGGAAUGGAAAUGCGACUCCCUCAAUGCACGGUCGAAACGCGCGGCAGUGCGGCUUGGAUACUGCUUCGAAGGUAUCUUUCGAAAACACUGGGUGUACAAGGGCAGGAGCAGAGACACGGCCUGGUUCGCUAUGGUGGACUCGGAUUGGCCCGUCAUUAAGAAAGGGUUCGAAACGUGGUUGGCACCAGAGAAUUUCGACCAGAAAGGCGCUCAGUUGCGUGAAUUAGAGGCAUGCAGGGGCAACACGGUCACUGGUUCCAAAACGAACGGAACUGAAUCUUAAAUUGACCGUUUAGACUGCGAGGUUCUGAAAUAUAGAAACGGGCUUGGAAGAAACCAUAGGUGUUCUCUGGUGUGAGAGUCCCUGAAUCCGCAGGCCAUUGAAGCCCAGUCUUGUACAGCAUCAACCAAAUAAUACACGAGCGGGGGAUCAAG